AUGAAGAAGAAGCGGUCGAUCAUCCGACAGAUAUCCCGACUCAUUCCAAAGGCAUCAACCGAAGUUGUAAAACUAUCGUAUUGGGUUUUUGCCGUCUGGUGGGUCAUUAUUCUCGCCGUACACGUUGCCACGUGUGUCUACACUGCACUGUACGCCUACUGCUACUGGAAACUUCAAGACACGUUUCUCAACUUGUACUUUGAAUCAUACGAGAUCGGCAUGCCCAGUCCGUAUCAUCACACGAUCGCUACAGUUCACAUGACCAUGUCAAUCUUGCAUGCAGCUUGUAUUCUACUUAUGCUUGGCGGCUCGAUUUAUCAGCGAUCACUAGCGUUCACACCAUGGGCGUCAUGCGAUGCCGACGCCAAACACGAGGAAACAAAAUCGGAUCGAACCAGCUCGGUAAUUCUCCAAAGCUUCACCAAAAUCUACGACAAAAUUUCGGAUCGACACGGUCUUUGUGGUGUAAACAGUGAUCAUUUCCACGGGGUUCUCAUACUACGUGAAGUAGUCGAGACGGCAUUGCAAACGGUGCAAGCAUACCGAAUGAGUUUGCUGCUUCCGAGGACUCUUCUCAAUCGGUUCUUCGUUAUUUUACUUGCAAUUAAUUGCUGGUCUUCGGUCAUCGUCUACUCGUGCUUCUUUAAACGAGAUGAAGCUCGGAGACGACUGGCGUGUAUCGUUCUGGACUGUAUACUCGACUUCAUGUCAUGUAUGGGUGUCGAACUGAUCGUCUUGUUCAGCUACGUAGGUGACUAUGACCCAUCGAUUCUGGGAUUUCCAGAGAUUAUCUGGUACAAUGACGAGUGGAUCGCUCGAGCUCUCAACGAACUCAAGAUGGUUCUUGUGGUUUCUUGGACGGACCUGGCAAGUCGCUCCAUCUUCUCAUUCGGGCUUAUCCUUACCACUAUGAGUAUGAAGGAGCUGUUGGCACGCUUACCGCGAAGUAACAAUCGAGUAACGCAGCUUGACGGUACCAGUAUGAAAGUCAACGCUAGAACCGAGAGUGACACGUUUUGGGAUACCAAACUUAACACUGUGGCUCCAAAGACUGCAACGCCAACCCAACCGAUCUCGAAGAACUCACAACGUAAGCUUCUGGUUAAAAAUGAUAGCUACCGAGGAACAAAUCUUCGUAGUCGUGGAGCGCGAGUCAUGUUGCGUACAGCACAUUUGUUGUUUGGAUUGUGGGGUCUUUUGGUCCUUGGAUUCCACAUUCAGGCAUCCAUGCAGCCCAUAUUACCGCAGUGUUUGAUGCAAGUUCGACCAUGGGCAGUGUCACGAACAUCGUGCUAUCUGGCUGGUUUGGAUUGCCACACUCUCGGUAUAAGUGGCAAGAAGGACGAGGUGGAUGAAAAGUGGCGAGAGUUUGACGCUUCGACUAUCGUUCAGUUACUUAUUCGACACUGUACUGAGUUCGAGAUGCCAGAUAUUUUCAGCGAAUUUCACGAACUGGUCAAUGUCAAAGUAUACAACACAACUAUUAACGAGUGGGGGGGAUCAGCAGCGAUUACCAGUACAAACCAACCCGGAAUGUCGUCGCUAUUAUUCGUUCGUGUUAAUAUGACGGAUGGUCUGCUGCCUGUAGGUUUGCUGUCUACGGAUUUUCCUCAAACGCUGUACGAUAUCGAGUUCUGCGUCACGAAUCUACGUACUCUACCGGACGAUCUCGACUCGAAAUGGCCGCUCUACGCUAUUAUCCAAUUGGAAUACAGUCAACUUACCACUGUUCCUGCCGUGAUACCUCGGUUGGAGCCUUAUUAUCUGGCAUUGACGGGUAACCCUCUAUCGGAGAUUCCUCCCGAGGUUUUCGAGGUUCAAGGCAUGCUCUUCCUUAGCAUCAGUAACAUGAAUAUCCGUCAACUUCCCCGCAAUGUAACGCAGUUAUCGGCCGAGCUAUCGUGGAUUUUUAUUGGAGAUACUAAUAUUUCGUUCUUCUGGGCGUGGACGGAUGAACUUGUGGAGCGUAUGAAGGGGAGAGCGAACCCGUGGCUUGCUGGGCCUUCGCCAUAUUGUGAUGACCUUGAGAAGAUUAAGACUGGCGCUGCCACAGAAUUUAGUGUUCCGCUGUCACCCGAAUAUUCACAGACUCUAAUGGAUCCAUCGGAGGCGAAUCGCGAUGUAAUCUUGAAGGCCGUCAGGUGUGAUCCUACCAUUGGGGGACUAUUUUACCCUCUUGAGAUCGAAGACAGCAUCAAUGCAAUCAGCACUCCACCUUCACUGGUGUAG